CAUCAAGAAGCGGGAUGAGCUCCAUCUCAUGAAGGCUGUCAAGCCGCUAACGCAGGUACCAUAGCUGUGGCAUUCUCUAGUUUAACGUUGGCCUCUUGCCACCACCACUUCAUAAACAAUGUGAGCCUCCCUCUGCCAGCGGCUUUUUUGUCCUCUGACAAUUCUUCCCACCCUCUUUCCGCAAGGACUGCCACUCGUUUUUCAGUUAGUUGUCCAUUCGUUUUCGUCGUUUUUCAGUCGCUCGUUAUGGCCGCGCUGCCUCUCACGCUCUUUUUAGGGUUGGUCGCUCCCUCGAUUGCGUCCAGCCUAAGCUGCAUUCCGAAGAGAGUGACGGUGACAACCACCGUAUGGGUUGAUCAGGCUACGGGAGCCUGGGAAAACGAGGCUGCGCCGGCUACUACUGCUACCUGGACGUCAUACUCCUCGUGCAACGCUGGUGAUGUCGUCACAAAGAAUGGGCAGACAUGGACUUUGACCGAACCCACUAUGUGGCCCGUGACCAUCACAAAGACAGGCGAUAGUGACUCCGGCUUAUGGAACUAUGAUGGUGCUGGAAGCUACACUACAGCUACAGAACUGUAUACAUCUUGGUCUGUCUGCACUCCUGGCCAAACGGUAACGCACAAUGGGCGAACCGAAGUUCUCUCCACAACGAGCUUGUCCAAGUGCAUCUACACUACAACGCGCACAUGGCCAGUCGGUGGCAACAGCCAUCCAACCAGUGCAUAUGGUGGUGAAAACGGAAACGGUGGUAGCUAUGUUAGCGGCUGGCCAUCAGGAGGUACCGGAUACAAUGCUUCGCCCAGCAAUGGUGGCAGUGGCCCCAUCAACAGCGGUGUCCCAUCCGGCCCUGCCAACAGUGGUGUUCCUUCUGGCCCAGCCAACAGCGGCGUCCCAUCCGGCCCAGCCAACAGUGGUGUUCCUUCUGGCCCAGCCAACAGCGGCGUCCCAUCCGGCCCAGCCAACAGUGGUGUUCCUUCUGGCCCAGCCAACAGCGGCGUCCCAUCCGGCCCCGCCAGCAGCGCUGGACCAGUUGCAUCGAGCAGAGGCAGUGGUCCUGUAGGCGCAAGCAGUGCUGCCCCGUCUGUCUCGGGAAGCGCACCUGCUUCUGGCCCAAGCGGCCAGCCUGUCAGCUCUGGACGACCCCCGCUGAGCUUCUCGUCACUCCGCUUCUCUAACUCCAGCUCCUCCAUUGCUCCAACAUCCUCGCAGUCCUCCGUUGUGUUACCAUCUACAUCAGCGUCGACCACGAGCCAAGGAGUAAGUUCCAGCUCUGUAUCAAGCGUCGCCUCGCCUGCAAGCACGGCAAGCUCGGUGGGAUCCAGCGCAAGUAUCUCUGGCAGCUCAGGGAUCAGCAGCGCACCUUCGAGCACACCUUCAAGCUCGACUCGUGGCCCCAUCAGCUUCUCAUCGCUUCGAUUCUCGAACUCGAGUUCCUCCGCAGUUGCUCCAUCUACUCAAUCCUCGGUUGUGUCGCCAGUUGCUUCGCCAGUCCUCACUAGUAGCACUAGCAGUGCUUCGACUCCCACUUCGGCAUCCAAUGGUUCACCAAGCGCACCCAGCGCGUCAAGCACGAGCUCUGGAACGAGCAGCGUUCAAAGUGUCAGCUCCGGAACUAGCAGUGCUCUAACCACGAGUUCGUCUUCCUUGAGCAGCUUGUCUAGCGCUAGUUCGACCGUCUCUAGCGCUUCGAGCAGCUCCGGCACUGGCAGCUCAUCCACUGUCUCGUCGUCUUCAUCAACCAUCUCCAGCUUCAGCAGCUCGUCCACCGUCUCGUCGUCUUCAUCAACCAUCUCCAGCUUCAGCAGCUCGUCCACCGUCUCGUCGUCCUCAUCCACUAUCACCAGCUUCAGCAGCUCGUCCACAGUCUCCUCCGCGACGUCGUCGUCUUCGUCACUGUCGAGCAGCUCCUCCUCUAGCGUCCAAUCAUGCCCAACUGGGACGAGGUACUAUCUUCGGUCGUCGGCCAAUGGCAAGUAUGCCGACGUCAACGUGGAUGGGAACGCUGUUGGACCAGUCAUGCAAUUUGAUGCCGAUUCCAUAGGGAAUGCCGUUGUUUUUGAAUUCGCCAUGUUGAAUCUUGAUGACACAACGCCUAAAUGCUGCCUCCGACAGUAUGGGACUUCGUUUUCACCAUACGUUAUGAUGACUAGCGAUGCUCCGGAUGAUUCCUACUUUGCUAUCCUUCGGCAACCGACGGAUGAUGAUCAUGGUUAUACGCCUGUUCCUCUGACGUGCUCUGUGUCGGGUGGCGUUCUGUCCGCUUACCUGAGCAGCUUCCCCAGCUGGAACCAUCUGAACUAUUUCAGUGGCGGAAGUGGAGAGAUGCUUCUUGAUAACGGAGAUUUUGGAAUGCCGGCGGCAAAUAUUCAACUCGUUGCCGCGUAGAGAAUCGGGUAAGCCGAUGGGAUUGGACGUCGCAUCCGAGUUACUUCUCGGCAAUUUCGUUUGGCAUAUCAAACGUCAUUAGUUUUAAUGUGUAUUGUUCACUGCGCUUGCAAUGCAGCCUUAGAGAAAUACAGACGUUCGAAGAACACCAAGCGAGCGAAUUCAACCGUUCGACUGAUUCUCACUCUAUUUGACGUACUUUUCCUUCGUCUCCAUGAUGGUUCCAUGUCGCAUGACGGCGCAGGCCAACUGUAGUAUCGAGCACCGAGCGGGACAAUAGACGUCCAAACUAUGGCCUUUCAAGGAGGAUGUAUCGUCGAUCCUGCGUACAAGCUUACUUCCAGCCGACGAGGGAAGUACGUAGAUACUGAAAGACUCGCGUAAGUUAGGGAUCGUCAUUACUUAUGGCUCAACACGAUGAGGCAACAGAACGAUGAGAUGAAGUAGCC